AUGGACCGUGAACACGCCCAUAAAAAUGCUUCGCCGGUGGUGCUGUACCUGGGCUCAACAGAAGACGAUCAGUCUCCCAAGCCCUAUGACACCGAGAGACUUCCCAGCGAGCCACGCAUCCUCAAUCACUUGACCAGAGCUGAUUAA